GUCAAACUGUGAAAGAAAUCGUUCUCCGCGGUCGGAUGAAAGUGUAAAUGAUUCCAUGUCUCCUUCGAAAAAAUUUCGACAAGAAUCUGGAAAAUCAGAUAGUAAAAUUCCUUACAUUUCACAGCCUGUAUACGAUCUUAAGCAGACAGGUGAUGUUAAAUUUGGCCCUGGAACCAGAUCGCCAUUAUUGGGAUUGCUCGGCGGCGCACUUCCAAAACUAUCAUCGGACCAACAUGAUGCCGUCAGUAAAGCAAAGAAAUACGCGAUGGAGCAGAGUAUUAAAAUGGUUCUCAUGAAGCAAACUCUUGCCCACCAACAACAGCAACUCGCAUCACAACGUACCCAAGUACAAAGGCAACAAGCACUGGCGUUAAUGUGUAGGGUUUAUGUUGGAAGCAUAUCCUUCGAGUUAAAAGAAGAUACUAUUCGUGCGGCAUUUCUUCCAUUCGGGCCUAUAAAAUCCAUAAACAUGUCAUGGGAUCCAAUAACACAGAAACAUAAGGGUUUCGCUUUUGUUGAGUAUGAAAUUCCAGAAGGAGCUCAACUUGCAUUAGAGCAAAUGAAUGGAGCUCUAAUGGGAGGACGUAAUAUUAAAGUUGGACGCCCAAGUAAUAUGCCACAAGCCCAGCAAGUUAUAGAUGAAAUACAAGAAGAAGCUAAAAGCUUCAAUCGAAUUUACGUGGCAUCUAUUCAUCCAGAUUUAUCAGAAGAAGACAUAAAAAGUGUUUUUGAAGCUUUUGGACCCAUAAUGUAUUGCAAAUUAGCACAAGGAACAUCUCUCCAUACACAUAAGGGAUACGGAUUUAUUGAAUACGCUAAUAAGCAAGCAAUGGAUGAAGCAAUCGCGAGCAUGAAUCUUUUUGAUCUUGGUGGUCAGUUGUUGAGAGUUGGUCGCUCAAUUACACCUCCAAACGCACUUGUCAGUCCGGCUACCAAUUCCACAAUGCCAACUGCAGCUGCAGUCGCAGCUGCGGCAGCAACUGCAAAAAUCCAAGCUUUGGAUGCUGUAGCUAGUAACGCCGUUCUUGGGUUGUCUGCCGCAACGCCAGCCCUAGGAAUAUCUCCGCUUGCUAAUGCUAAAGUAGGGACAUUACCCUUGACAGCCGCUCCAAGCACUUUUCAUCCUUCAAUAGCUCUGCCAGUAACGACAGGCCAAGCAUUCCUGGCGGCCAGUAUGUUUCAAAAUCAAAGUGUAAAUCCCAGCUUACUAACUGCAACCGCAUCUACUUUACAAGCCGUCACCACUCAAGGAAUUAAUUCUGCCAACAAAGCUAUAAUUGCAAAUCCCCCAGGCAUGACUGUACCAGUUGUAGGUAAUAUUGGAUCUAUAACGACUGAAGGUUUUGUAGCAACUCCACAGGCAGGAGUUGUUAACGCCUUACUUGCGAAAUCUGCUCUGUCAGUUGGUAAUCAACAAGACAAUCAAAAGAAGGUGCAAGAAAAGCAACAAGAAGAACUCCAAAAAAAGCUUAUCGAGGAAGGAGAAACACAAACGUUACAGCAGCAAGAGAACAUGUCAAUUAAGGGACAGAGUGCUAGACAAUUCGUAAUGCAACGCUUAAUGAGACCGCAAGAAUCGCGAGUAAUAAUCCUCCGCAACAUGGUUGGACCAGAAGACGUUGAUGAAACCCUACAAGAAGAAAUUCAAGAAGAAUGUAGUAAAUUUGGAACAGUAAGCCGUGUAAUUAUAUUCAAUGAAAAGCAAACUGAAAACGAGGACGACGACGAAGCAGAAAUAAUUGUAAAAAUAUUUGUCGAAUUUUCUAUUGCGGCAGAAGCAGAACGUGGCAAGGAAGCAUUACAUGGUCGAUUUUUCGGUGGUCGCAAAGUCAUUGCCGAACUAUACGAUCAGUCGCUUUUUGACCAUGGAGAUCUAUCUGGUUAA